AUGGGUAUCCCUGGAUUAAUCAAUGCCAUUGGCACAGGAGAGCGAAUCUCUUUGUCCAAAUUGGCUGUGACCCACUUAGAGAGGACAGCAAGCCCCAUUCGAGUCGCUGUUGACAUCUCGAUUUGGCUGUUUCAAGUCCAAGCAGGUCGGGGCGGAAAGAACCCCGAGCUUCGGACUUUAUUUUUUCGACUUUUGAAGCUCCUAUCACUGCCUAUUCAUCCGCUAUUCGUCUACGAUGGCCAGCAUAAGCCUCCCUUCAAGAGGGGUAAAGCAGUGUCAGCCCGCAGCUACGGCAGUGCACCGAUCAUCCGACGCUCCAAGGACCUGAUUGAAAGGUUCCAAUUUCCGUGGCACGAAGCUCCAGGCGAGGCUGAAGCGGAGUGUGCGCGUCUGCAACGAGCCGGUGUCGUAGAUGCGGUCAUGAGCAACGAUGUCGAUGCAUUGAUGUUUGGCUCCACGCUGACGAUCAUGAAUUUCUCGAAAGAGAGCGGGACUGGUACAUCUGCAUCAACGCAUGUGACAUGUUAUCGGAUGGGUCAUGAGGGACAUGUUUCUAAUAUUCCUCUGGACCGUGCGGGCAUGAUUUUGUUUGCUAUGCUUAGUGGAGGCGAUUAUCUGCCCUCAGGCAUUGCGAAAGCACAAUUUGGUGAUGAUUUGCUACGGGAAAUCUCGUCCAAUUCGCCCGACCUGGACUCCCGGCUAAAUGAAUGGAGAGAACGGUUACAAUUUGAGCUCGAAGAGAACGAGAGCGGCUGGUUUACAACAAAACACAAAGCUGUUCGGAUCCCGGAGAAUUUUCCUGAUCGGACAAUUCUCAAGUGCUACGCGGAGCCUGUAGUAUCCACGGAAGAUGAAAUGACGGUUUUAAGGCGUCGUCUGAGACAUGCCUGGGAUCGCGAUAUUGACCCUUUGGCGAUUCGAGCCUUUGCUGCAGAGCACUUUGAAUGGAACUACCGCUCAGGCGCGAGGAAGGUUAUCAAGCUCUUGGCGGAGCCUCUCAUUUCCUACAGACUUCGCCUCCAGAAGCCUGUAAAGGGCCUACAGUCAGGCACUCUUGCUCCCGACUGUGAUACACCCUGGAUGCAAAGAAUUCACAAAAGCCGUGCAAAUUUUGGAACCGACGGCACUACCGAGUUUCAAAUGGACAUGCUUCCCAUUGAUGUUGUUGGUAUUGACCUUCUAGCUGAGGAACCUAACCCACCUCUGCCAUCCCAAGAGACUGUGCCAUCGCAGAACACGCACCAAUCAGGCGAUGAGGAUGACGACCUAGAAGUCGCUACCGAGGGGCCACCGCCCACACCCUCGAAAUCGCGGGUAACCAAACGUUACGAUCCGCUUGCGAUUGAGAAGGUCUGGAUCUUCGAGACCGUUGUAAGGCUCGGUCUUCCUGAGAUUGCUAAGAGAUGGGAUAAUGAGCAGGCUGUCAAAGCUGCCAAAGCAGCUGCUCCUCAGCCUAGGAAGCCGACCACUCGGCGUACAGGGUCCAAGAAGAAGGGACCAAUUGACCCAGGCAUGGCGCGGGGGAGUAUCCUGAAAUACGGAACUCUCACAAAGGAAGGAUCAGAGCUAUCGUCUUCCGCGAAGACCCAGUUGCUGGAAGCGGCUUCUUCCACUAAGCCUGUCAAAGACCAGCGCUCCCCAUUCCAAAGUAUGACGCCCAUUAAUCCCGAGACGGAUUCCUCUUCUCCGAGUAUGUAUUUACAACAUCAGGCUUCGGAACAGACACCUUUCACAUCAGACGAAUUGGAUGAGUUUAUUGGCACAUUUUCAUCAAUAUGCACAGUCUCAACACCGACGUCCAAGCGACACCCGAUAAACACUCAAUCAUAUAUGCGAGCCCGAGCCGGCAUUCGGGCAGGUACCGAAAGUGAAGCCGAGGAGGUCAUCUCUCCUGGCACCGAGUAUAUUGUGUCGUCGCAAAGUUCCCGGAAAGUGCUUAAGUUCAGCUACUCCGUCUCGUGCGAUGAAAGUCUAGCGACCAACUACGAAGUGGGGGAAAAAGAUCUUUCAAAAGCAUCGCUAGCAUCCACAGGACAUUACCAGAGCCCCGAGAAGUCAGUCAAUUGUCCACGCCUCACAAAGAAACCACCUAUAAUUGAAGACUUGGAAGAAGCCAUUGGCUCGUUAUCACUGUCAUUGAAGGACGAGAAGGAGGCACUUCAGGGCUCGACAAUCCGUCCUUUGCGUCUACCAGCUUCAUCGAAGACACAAGACCACAAAGUCCGCCGCAAUCCUUCUAUAACUCUCCAGCACAAAAGUUCUAAUUCUAUAAAGGCAUCUGCGUCUUCCCAAGGCAUUGCUGUGGAAGCGAAAGGGAUCGAUCCUUCGCAUAGUCAACCAUUCGAACACAUCACUGUGCCACCGAGCCGGAGUUCCUCCCCACCAAAAGGCCAAGAGCCGAAGCAAACAGCAAGCAUUGGUCACCUUGAAAACCUCACAACCUCAGAUGGCUUCUGGACGGUCGACUCCCUCGGUCAGUCCGAAGAUGACUCUACUACCACGAAAGUUGAUAGCAUACAGCGUGGCCGGAAAAAAGCGGGCAAAAAGAAACGCGUUCCUCGCGUCAGUAUUCUUGAUUUAAGUUGA